AAAAAUUUUGAAACUAAGAUAUAGCACAUACAUGAUACGAAUAUUCCUAUUGAAAACUCGUGAAUUCAUUAUUCGACCAAGUUUUCGUAGCUUACGAUACUUUAGCAGCACAACGAUAUUAUCAACAAUAAAUAAUAAUGAUAAGAAAAAAGAAAACGAUCAAUCGACCUCUAAAACGCUUAAAGAACGCAUAAAAAUAGUAUUAAAUGAAUCGGAUUUGGAGGAAAGUUUUAUCAGAGGUUCUGGCCCUGGCGGGCAAAAAAUCAACAAGUCUUCUAUAUGUGUGUACUUGAAGCACGUGCCAACUAAUAUUCGAGUUCGCUGCCAACAAAGUCGAUCACGUGAAGAAAAUCGAGGCAUUGCACGUCAUUUGCUUAAACUCAAAUUAGACGAAUUUUAUAACGGCGAGCAGAGCAAAUUAGCAGCUAAAAGGGAAAAGAUAAGAAAACGAGAAGCAAAGAGGAGAAGCAGAUCAAAGGCAAAAUAUGGAAAGAAAAGUGAAGAAACAAAUGAUGAGAUUCAUAAUGAUGAUGACAAUUCAGAACUUGAUGAUACUAAUAAUAGCAACAUUAACAAACACGAUGUUAAUUAA